AUGAUCGUUUGGGUACAGCUCCCGGCCUUGAAGAUUCAUUUUUAUCAUAAAGAAGUACUCAUGACUAUUGGGAAUCUAAUUGGAAGAACCAUCAAGCUUGAUUACCACACUCUGAAUCAACAACGUGCGAAGUUCGUCAGACUAGCUGUUGAAGUGGAUUUGGCAAAACAACUUGUGCCCCGGAUCUGGCUCGAUGACGCUUGGCAGAAAGUAGAGUAUGAGAAUUUGCCCAAAGUAUGCUUCCACUGUGGUAGAAUUGGGCAUGCGGAUGAGGAAUGCCGGGAAAAACGUCCGACUGCGCUGUCGCCGGCGUUCACCAAUCUCGAACUCGCCCCCACGGUGGCAGGGACGACGGAGGACCCGGAGGAGCCAAAUCCGGGAUUCGGGCCGUGGCUCCUGGUCACAAGGAGGAGCGGGCGGAAUCAGUGGGAUGGCGACAGAAAAGGCAAGUCGGAAGAUGUGAAGGCGGGAUCGUCGGGCGGACAGGCUUUGCCGGGCAAGCAUCCGAAGACUGGAAGGGAAACUUCCCUUAUUGCGGAAAAGGGAAUCUCUGUUUCAUCCUCCCAGAUGCCGAAGAUGAUGAUUCAAGAAAAGAAAGUAUCUAACGGAAAAAAGAAGGGAGAUGAGGGGAAAAAAGGAAAGGCCAAAGCCCAUCCCGAGGGGUCAACAUGGGAGAAAGGGUUGCUGGGCUCGGGCCCAAAUCAUGCUACGAAUCAGGCUUUUGGGCCAAAAGCGACUGGAAACUCCUCUCAACAAGCCUCCAAGAGCUCUUUCCCUGCCGCCCAACCUGGCCUGCGGAGUGGGCUUCCUGGGCCGGCUUUAACUGCCAAACAGGGCAGCCCUUCUGCUCAGCCCACUAGUCUCCCCCCUCCCCCACCUACCCAUACCGUGAUCGGCCCAAAUGGAACUCAGAUGGAAAUCGUCGAACUCCAUCCCGCCCAGUCCACCCCCCAGAAUUCGCCGUCGGCGAGAAGUCGCACCAAAAAAAGCAAAAACAAAAAAGCGACCCCCCUAAGAUCUCCGAGCAAGCUUCUGUCAACGAAGGCGCUUCAAGUUUGGACCCCAAAGAAGGAUCGGAAGCCGAAGUCAAAGGCGAGACUGGCGUCUCUUACCCUCCAAGAGAUAGAUGCUUGGACGAAAGCUGCCCAGAUUGCUACCGGAAUGACAGGGGAAGCUGACGCAACGAACCGCCAAAGGGAGGCCGCCCCGGAAGCUGUUCUGGAAGGAGAAGCCUCCCAACAGAACGACUGA